UUCAGUGUUCACCUUUAUGAAUGUCCUAUAAUACCCCUACUGUUAUUUGUCCUUUAUAAUUCCUUAUUCCCAAGACCCAAAUACAUGAUUAUUGAUUAGAAAUUACUAUUUAAUUUACUUGCAUAGUUUCACCAUAGAAAACUAAAUACUGUCAAUGAAUCAUUUCACACUGCACACUGAAUUUUCACUCUAUGCAUUACAGCAAACAGUUCCUGCACUGAUUAUUUUACUUUUAUAGUUUUAUUUUUAUAUAGGUAGUUUAAAUUAUACGAAAACAUUUCUCCAGUGGAAAGAGAAAGCUUUUGUAUUCUUCAAAUUUCAAAGGAUACAACUUAUAAAUUACAAUAUAAUUAAUAAUUAUUAAAUAACAUUAUUACUAUAUAUCGUGUAUUCUAUGUAAUAGAAAUUAAUAUUUAGGACAUUUGUUUAAUAUUUGUUGUCUAUUAAAGUACAAUAAAAAAUGUUUCAAAUUCUGUCAACAUAUUUUAAAAUAAUACAGUAUCAAAUUUGUUAUUAUUUUUUGGGAAUUUUCGCAGUUCUUGAUGAUUUAAAAAAUCGUGAUAAAAAUAAGUUUGAAAUUAUCAAGAAACGAGGAAAAGUAGCUGUUAUUACUGGAGGAGCUCGAGGUAUUGGUCUGGAAGUAGUAAAGAAACUAGUUCAAUGUGAGAUGCAUAUCGUAAUUGGGCCAGUAAAUUACAGAGCCGGUAACAAAUGUACAGACUGUUCUUUAUGCAACCCGCCAUCCGGCCUUAGAUGCCGCAAUGUGAAGAAAGGUCAAAAGAUAAUCCAACAGCAUAUUUCGUCUGAUGCAUCUAUUGAAAUAUAUGAACUUGAUCUUAAAUCAUUUACUUCGGUAAAAAGUUUUGCUCAACAAGUAUUAUCCAAUCAUAAUCAAAUUCAUAUACUUGUGAAUAAUGCUGGAGUUAUGUUUGUACCAUAUGAAAAGUGUGAAGAUGGUUAUGAAGCACAUUGGACUAUAAAUUAUUUGAGUCAUUUUUUACUAACAGAAUUAUUAUUACCAGCUCUAAAAAUGUCAGGUUCGACAAAUGAGCAUGCAAGAAUAAUAAAUGUUUCUUCUUGUGCUCACGAAGCUUCUCCUUUAAUUAAUUUCGGCACCAUUAGUAACAGUCAAGGUUAUAUUACAAAUGCAGCUUAUGCAAAGUCUAAACUAGCUCAACUAAUGUCAACUAAAUAUUACAAUAAAACACUAGCAAAUACUAAUGUUCAAGUUUUGGCUGUGCAUCCUGGUGUAGUAAAUACUGAAUUAUUUAAUGGAACAUUGUUGAAAAUGAUAAUGCCAUGGAUAUUGAACUACAUUUGCAAAACUCCAGAAGAAGGGUCACGAAGCGUUGCUUAUGCUUGCAUUUCUCCAAAAUUAGAAGGAUGUGGUGGUUACUAUGCAAAUUGUCAAUCUGCAAAGUAUUUACCAUAUGCUGAUGAUAAAGAGGCACAAAAACAACUUUAUGAUACUUCAAUGGUUAUGAUUAAAAAUUUUUUAAAAGUAAAUGAAUAGCUUUGUAAUUAUUUAUUAUUUUUUAAUUGUAUGUUUUAAAUUCUAAAAGUUAUUACUUAUUCAGUAUUAUUAAAGACUGAUUUAAUUAUCAAUAAUUGUAUUUAUAUGUUAAAAAAACCUAUAUAUUCUAGUAAAAUUAUGUAAUACUAAAAAAAAUUAUAAUUAAUAAAUUAAAAGUAUCUGUUUGUUUUGCAGUGA